AUGCCGGGCCGGCCUCAGAUGAGUGUGUCGGAUUUUGUAUCAGAGCUGCGCGGCAUCGUGUGUGCGACGAAGGAUGUGGCGGUGGAGGAGGAGAUUUGUGAGUCUACCUCAUGCUUCAGCACAUAUGAGAACUUCAAGGAUUACUGCUGCAACAAGGCCUUUGAGGUCAUCGGGGACGACAACCAGUACAAGCGGUACUUCUCUCAAUGCAAGGAGAACGCCGAUGUCUGGGCGAUCAAGGUUCACGCGGGGGUGCAGCAGGUGAUGGGAGACAUCAAGUCUGUGCAGGCCAUGGUGGAGACGCUGCAGACACAGGGGAAGGAGAAGCUGUACCGUCUCUGCCUGGAGGUGAUGACGAGCUCCGCACCCCCCGUACGACGGAAGAAUGGGUGGUUCAUCUGCAGCAUCUCGGGAGCCAGGUCGGACAUGUGCGUGGAGGUGGGAAGGCAGGGGAAGGAUUCAUUCUCGAUUGUGGUUCACCAGAAGUUCUCCCCCUUUAUCCUCUAUCUGUGGUUCUGCUGCAAGAUCGAGCACAUCGUCAAGAACCAGGUGCGGGUAUGGGUCGGGAGACAGGACACCGACGAAGUCGACCAGCUUUGCAGGCUCUUCCAGGAUGACGACGCCCUCGUGCAGAGGUGGUACAGCAUCUUCCGCUGCUCCGUAGCCCAUGUAAAGCUGUCUAUAUUGAAGGAGUCUAGGAGCCACUCCGUAGGUAUUUCAUAG